AUGUCCACACACUACGUGUGGUGGCUACGCACCAAGCACGGCUAUACGCUGUACAACUCGAUACGAAAGAACCUGCGAGGCCCGCCGCUGUACGGGGAGCUGCCCCUGUUCGGCGAGCAGUCGACUGAGGCCGCCAACUACGGCGCGCUGGGCACCACCAUCGGAGAGGCCGCCAUGCGGCUGAUCGAACGAAAGUUUGUGGAUGCGAAGAAGACGGAGCUGACGGAUCGCAUGGAGUGCGUCUACACGGCAAAUCCAGAGAUGCCGCGCUCGACGAAGGAUCCCGUGUACCGGUCCGCUGCUGUCGACAUCGUGUACACCGCGUUCAAAGGCGUCGCGUCCAAGCGAAAGAAUCAGGAUCUGAGGAGUUUCGGUCGCGAGCAGACAUUCUUCCAGAUGAUGUGCUACCUGAUGUGCGAGGGCAGCUUGAGGGACGCCAAGGUGCCGGAGUGGAGCUGCAACCAAGCGGUCAAGGACAGCCACAACUUCGGCAAGGUUUUCGGUUGCCCGAUCGGGUCACCCAUGAACCCGACAUCCAAGUGUCGCUUGCUCUACUGA